AUGCAGGAAUCGAAGCUCGACCUGCGGGUUCUCAUCGACCUAGCGACCAGCAUGCCCAAUCUAGAAUAUCUGGGUACCCGAACCGGAGGGUACGAAUGGUGCGAAACCCUGGAUGAAGAGGAAGAUCCGUGUAGUGGACACUACGAGCACGACUGGGCAGGACCGCGACGAGAUGCCCGACAUGAUUUCGCUGCCGCAGUUACCAGCCGUGUCGACAAGCUACCCAAAACGCUGAGGCGAGCUACGCUCGAUUUUCUAUACCCCUUAAGUAGCGACCUUACUCACGACCCUUUCUCGACGAGCCUCGGUAUCUUGUGCAACAACCUCCGCCACCUGCAACUACGGGCUAUGAUUGACGAGAGCAUCUUCCCCGCACUAUCGCCACAGCACUCCGCAACAUCACAUACUCCAUGGCCACACCUCGAACUACUUGAUCUCAUGUUUCACAACGCCCGUCCCGAUGGAACAUGGUAUUUCCAAGGCUCCGACGGCCAAGGCGACGUUGCACGCGGUCUCCCUGUCACAGACGAUUCCUACCCACCCUAUACUCAUACGCAGCUCGAUGAGGAAAUGGAUGAGUUUUAUGAAGAUUACAUUCGGGCCGGAAGACAGAUACGUUGUCAUGAUAACCAAGAGUUCCGGGUUGCUCCUCAUGCCAAUCUCAUCCUACUGCUCGAACGCUUUGCAAGAUCAGCGAUACAAAUGCCGGCGCUCAAGGAAGCAGUAAUAUGGUCACCCAUACAGGGGCAAGAUGUGUACCCGGAGCGGCCGAUGGUAUUGAAUACGCUGAACCCUGGUCCUCUAUCAAUGCCAGACCAACUCGGCAAUUAG